AGGGUAGAGGGGGAAGACGAGGAGGGCUAGAGGGGUGAAGACGAGGAGGGCUAGAAGGGGGGAGACGAGGAGGGCUAGAGGGGUUGACGAGGAGGGUAGAGGGGUGAAGACGAGGAGGGCUAGAGGGGGGGGAGAGACGACCGCAUGGAGAAGGCGAUGGAGACGCAGGACUCUGCUCCCGACUGCUGGGACCAGGACGCGGAGUCCAUGAACGCCGCGGUGACGAACCUCAACGUGAACGCAGCCGUCUUCGUGCCCUCCUUCCUCAUGAGCGAGCCCUCGUCCGCGCCGCUCGUGGACAGCAAACCCAGAGCGCCCGAGCUGGACUCCAGCACAAAGACAGGAGCGCCGCUGGAGAACGGAGAGCCCGAGUCUGCCGAGAGUUGGGAGGAGCGCGGCGAGCCGGAGCGACCGGACGGAGGAGGCGGCGGAGGAGGCGGCGGAGGGGGGGGCGGCCCCCCCUCGGACGAGCCCCCUCCUCCUCCUCCCCCCCAGGACGUGGGGGGGGGCGGCGAGGACGCGGGGGGGGCGGCACCCCCUCCGAGCGAGAGCCCGGGGGGCCCAGGGGGGGCGGAGGAGACCCCCGAGGAGGAGGAGGGGGACGGGGAGGGGGUCCCCGUCCCUGCGCCGGCGCCCAAGCCCUCGGAGGGGCCGCGCAAAGACCACGUGAACGUGGUGUUCAUCGGCCACGUGGAUGCUGGCAAGUCAACAAUCGGAGGGCAGAUCAUGUACCUGACGGGCAUGGUGGACAAGAGGACGCUGGAGAAGUACGAGCGGGAAGCGAAAGAGAAGAGCAGGGAGAGCUGGUACCUGUCGUGGGCCCUGGACACGAACGUGGAGGAGCGCGAGAAGGGCAAGACGGUGGAGGUGGGGCGCGCCUACUUCGAGACGUCAAACAAACAUUUCACGAUCCUGGACGCGCCCGGCCACAAGAGCUUCGUGCCCAACAUGAUCGGCGGAGCGUCGCAGGCCGACCUCGCCGUGCUGGUGAUCUCGGCGCGGAAGGGAGAGUUUGAGACGGGCUUCGAGCGGGGCGGGCAGACGCGCGAGCACGCCAUGCUCGCCAAGACGGCAGGCGUCAAACACCUUGUGGUGCUCAUCAACAAGAUGGACGACCCCACGGUGCACUGGAGCCAGGAGAGGUAUGAGGAGUGCAAGGAGAAGUUGGUUCCCUUCCUGCGCAAGGUCGGCUUCAACCCCAAGAAGGACAUUCACUUCAUGCCGUGCUCAGGCCUCACGGGGGCCAACCUCCGUGAGGCCUGCUCCUCCGUGUGCCCCUGGUACAGCGGGCUGCCCUUCAUCCCCUACCUGGAGAGCCUACCGUGCAUGUACCGCUCGCCAGACGGACUCAUCCGCAUCCCCAUCGUCGACAAGUACAAGGACAUGGGCACAGUGGUGCUGGGGAAGCUGGAGUCGGGCAGCAUCGUCAAGGGGCAGCAUCUCGUCAUGAUGCCCAAUAAGCACAACGUGGAGGUGCUGUCCCUCCUAUCGGACGAGGUGGAGACGGAGGCGGCGGGGCCCGGCGAGAACCUGAAGCUGAGGCUGAAAGGCAUCGAGGAGGAGGAGAUCCUGCCGGGCUUUGUGCUCUGCGACGCCGCCAACCUGUGUCACACGGGCUGCACCUUCGACGCGCAGAUCGUGAUCAUUGAACACAAGUCGAUUAUCUGCCCCGGCUACAACGCUGUCCUGCACAUCCACACGUGCGUGGAGGAAGUACAGAUCAAGGCGUUGCUGUGCCUGGUGGACAAGAAGAGCGGUGAGAAGAGCCAGACGCGGCCGCGCUUCGUGAAGCAGGACCAGGUGUGCAUCGCACGCCUCCGUGCCGUCGGUGCCAUCUGCCUCGAGACCUUUAAGGACUUCCCCCAGAUGGGGCGCUUCACCCUGCGUGACGAAGGAAAAACCAUCGCUAUCGGCAAGGUCCUGAAGCUGGUGCAGGACAAGGAGUGACGAGCGGCCCUGGACGACGCCGACUUGCGCACACGACGGAGACAAAGCGACCGUACAACUCGACGCCGAAGCGGCCCGCACGGGCAGCCACGCUGGAGCGGCACGCUGGCGGCCCCGCCGUGGAGAAACCCCGACGCGCUCCAGCGCACGCUACACACCAGCUCCACACUCGCACGCUACACACCAGCUCCACACUCGCACGCUACACACCAGCUCCACACUCACACGCUACACACCAGCUCCACACUCACA